AUGAACUUUCAACAGCUCUCAGAUGAAUGCCGCAUAUUAGCAUUUCCAUCGACUCUGUUCUUCGUGGGAGAACGUCUUGUUAACCACACCAUAGCGAAAAUCAGUGUGAUUGACAGAGACGAAUGUGAACAUCGCUGUUACCUGAACCACAACUGCGUCAGUGUUAACUUUAAUUAUGGAGAAAAUGAACCAGGAACACACAACUGUGAACUAAAUAACUCUACGGCUAAAGAGUAUGAGGAGGAUCUAGUGGAAGCAGCGAAAUAUGUGUACCAUGGAACUAAGAAUUUUUGUGCGCAAUUGCCAUGCAGUAACAAGGGAACCUGCCAGUCGGGUUUUACUAGAGAACGAUAUCGAUGUUUAUGUCCUCCUGGAUUCACUGGCCACGAUUGUGAAAAAAAUGACAUCCGUUUAAUGGGUGGUGGAGCAAGCCACGGCCGCGUAGAAGUUUAUCACAACGGGCACUGGGGCACAGUGUGUGAUGAUUACUGGGACAUCGAUGAUGCUAAGGUGGUAUGUCGUCAGCUCGGCUUUUCAGGUGCAGCCCAGGCUCGUUGUUGCGCUGCAUAUGGUGAGGGGUCUGGUCGGAUCUGGAUGGAUGACGUCCACUGUCAAGGUGGAGAGGCAGCGCUAUCUCAUUGUAGUAGCAACAGCUGGGGAGUCCACAACUGCGGGCAUUGGGAGGAUGCAAGUGUAAACUGUACCAUCUGAUUAAUCCACAGAAAACAAUUCUGCACGUGAAUUAUUAUACUUUGGACCAGAUUUCUAAUAGCUAUCAUACAUUUAUUGGUAUCGCACCAUGCAUCCUUACGAUGCUUAAUUUACUCAGCGACGAAUUGAAUCAUCUACACAAAGUAGAAGCUUUUAGCUUGA